GGGAAGUGGGCGUUUCUGUCGUUUUCUACAAAUUAGUCUAGAAUUGAAUGUGACUUUGGUCGCGCUAGUUUCUGUGACCUCGUUAGCGAGGUAAGCUAGCUUUGUGUAGCCUAGGUAAGUUACUUACAUGUAACUUUACACAGACAACGUUGUUCUAGGUUCUCCAGUGUGACUUAGUUUAACAUGUACAUUACAAGUGGAGAUGUUAGAACGCACUUAAUUGGCAGCAGUAGCCCGUGUUCGUCAAUUAGCGUUAAAUGUGGACGAUAACCAAAUUUAUACGACCCGUAGUAUUUUUUUCAGUGUGUGUUGACUUCACCGUCAGGAACCUGAAGGCAACAGUCAGAAACGAACCAGAGGGAAAAUCAGCAAGAAUCAAAAGUGACGAAAGACAAACGGGGCCGUGACUGAUGCUGACGUGGGGUCUGUUUACAGCUGCUUUUCAUCCUUCCACCAACUGAGAAUUUGACACAGGCGCGGUCAUGUAAAUGAUGCCCACGUGUGAAAUCGUGGGUGACUGUUUGUACAUGAAGUUGUUGGACCAGUCACUACGAGCAGGCAGCACCACCUUCAGACCAGGACGUGUUUCACGCCAGCCUGAAACUAUAGAGAGUGAAGGAUGCAGCAGAUGGAGCUCUCCUCGGACUGAGCAGCAGCACCCGGCAGGAUGACGGGUUCUCUCGCCCUCUGCUGCCUUCUCUCUGCCCACGUCCUCAUAACAGCUGGUUACUUAACUGUUUCCAUCGAGCCUCUUCCUCCGGUUGUCAUUGGAGACACAGUCACACUCAAGUGCAACUUCCAGACAGACGGUAACCUGCGAGAGAUCGUGUGGUUUCGGGUGAGUGAAGGAGGCAGUGCCAAGCAGAAGAUCUUCACCUAUGAUGCCAUGUAUAACACCACUUACUCCCACAUGGAGGUCAACCGCAGGAGAGAAGACCUCGUCUAUCAGUCCACCGUGCGGCUUCCUGAGGUCCAGAUGGACGAUGACGGCCUGUACGAGUGCCAUGUGGGGAUCUAUGACAGAGGCUCCAGAGACAAAGUGAUCCUGGCCUCCAGCAGCAUCAUCCUCACCGUCAUAGUACCGCCCAGGUCUAUCUCCGUGGUGGCAGCCAACAGCCCGGCUCCUUUCAGCCGCUACGAGGCCCAGAACUUCACUCUGAUUUGCAUUGUGGCAGGAGCAAAGCCGGCUCCCACGGUGUACUUCAAGCGGGACGGUGAGCUCAUUGAUGUGGUGCCAACUCCACAGUCGGCGUCGUCUGUUGGUCAGGAGAAGAGCCGGCGCAGGAGUCAGGCCGGGCUCUGGGGCUCCCAGGUUCCCACCGGCCGAGACCUCGAUGACACCAAGCUCAAGAAGUCCCUGUCGCUGCUGGAGAGGGAGGGCGAGCUGGCCCGGCUGGGCCAGGACGGGCCCAGCAGCCGCCAGGAGCAGCAGGAGCAAACGGCAGUGCCAGAAGCCAAACCCAGCAGCGAGGCCAUCCCAGAGACGGUGGUGAGCCGGGAGUUCCCCCGCUGGGUCCAGAGCAGCGACCCGCUUUACUACUUCCAGCACCGGCAGAGGGCCACGAGCGACGGCUCGGUGGAGGUGAGGGCCAUGCUGACCUGGAGCCUGAACCCCCAGCUGGACAACGAGGCCCUGUUCAGCUGCGAGGUCAACCACCCUGCGCUGUCCAUGCCCAUGCAGGCCGAGGUCACGCUGGCUGCUCCCAGAGGCCCCAAGCUGUCCACAAGCCCCAAUAAGGCCAAGGUGGGAGACACGGUCCGGAUCACGGUCCAGGGCUUUCAGCUGGGACCUUCUGCUACGGAGGUUUUCCCUGAGCCCAUGUUCACCUGGACCAAGGUGGGCGGGCUUCUGCUGGACGGCACAGAGGAGCACAACGGCAGGGAGCUCGUCCUGGAGAGAGUCCCCGCUGAGCUCAACGGAUCCAUGUUCCGCUGCACGGCCCAGAAUCCACUGGGCUCCACCGAUACCCACACCCGCCUCAUUGUGUUUGGUGAGUGGGGGCGGUGUGUAACCCUGCUCCAGUGGUUCUGUGGGCUCAGCCAUCAAGGCUUCAGCCAGUCGCUGCUCCCUCACGUUAACCUUCCUGCUGCUCCUGAGCUUCACCUGCGAGCUGACGUGACCCGAGGCCCUGCUUGUCCUCCACUCACCACCACCCACGUCCACCUGAGGCACCUGCUCCUCAGUGUCCCUCCCCCACCUGCAGGACUUCAGCCCUGGGAAAGAGGACGGAUGACGCAGCGGCGGAGCUGGAUGCUGCACGGCACAGGCGAGCACACGGCGAGCUGCUCUGCUGAUGGGUCACUUCAUGCCAACUGCAUGUUCAGUAUGUAAGAAGCUCAAACUAUUGCACCAGUGGAAACCUCGACCACUUGGAGAACAGCGAUCCUACUAAAGGCCAGUUCAUACAUUCUGUGUUUCUGCUGGAGCCAGUCAGGUUUCACAUUUGCUCAGCUCAGCAGGUGUAACGGCUUCUCCAGACCAACGUGGAGUCUGUUCUGACACUAGUAGACCAGCCUCAGUCUGAUUCAUUCAGCCCCUGGAUGUGGAUUAUUUCCUGAAGGGUUCUAUCACAGCUUUUUGUAUUCAGACAUCUGAAUAUUACAAAAGAAUUGAAACUUAAAUCAAGAUUAUGGCAGUUUAGAAGUGAUGAGCUGAUGUACGAACCAAAUGUUUUUUUAUUUAACGAAACAGCUUCAAACUCCGUUUUAACUGCUGCUACUGUUCUGCUGCUCUAAGUAGCAGCAGAACUACUGCAACUACAACUAAAGUUUAAAUAUGCACAAUUGCCUUUGUUCGAAGUUUGCACCGUCAUUACGUACAACUCAGGAUAGCAACACGCUAAGCUAGUGAAAUCAGAACCAGAGCAGCUAAUACACUGAAAUGACCCGCAGCGACAACAAGAGCUAAUGCUUUAGUCUACCACGUCAGGCCUCUUACUUUUCCUUUAGGCAGCAUUCCUUCUUCUCAUGCUCGAUCCCCUUAUUGCUGUAAAUGUUGGUGAUCAUUUGGUUCAGUAUUAUGAAAUCGUGUCUUAGGCUGUUUCCAUGCUGUGAGCUGGUGUUUGUGUAGCUCCUCCAUUGGUUGUGGUUUCUAUGGCGAGCUGCUGUUGGAAGGUUUGGAAACAACAGACUCAGUCAGUGCUGUUGCUCUUUAUUUUAAGUAGUGUCCAUGUGAACAUUACUGUACGGAAUCACAGCCUGAACUCUGUUGCUGCUCUACACAUUUACAGCCCUGCAAUCAAUAAGUAACUUCACACAGUUGUUCGCUCAGUAUGAUUAGAAAAUACAGCAGCUCAUAAGAGACAGACAAAUAAAAGUAGACGUGAAAACGAGUCAGUGACGGCAGCUUUAGCAGGUGAGUCUCUUACACAAAAUACAUUUGACAUUUUAUGGGCAGUUUGUUACAUAAACAGUUCUGUUCUGUAUUACUUUGUAAUCAACAGUAUAUACAGCGCUUUAUGUGCAGCUCCAUUCAUUAUCUGUCUAUUCACAGACAUAAACACGGAGGAUCCAGUGUGUUAUCAUCUACAUACACAGCUUAACACUGGCCUGCAUGUCUCUUCAUGUCUACGUGUAUGUGCUUGGACUAAAAGUGCUCAGCCAUUUGACUUUCCCUUUCACUGCAGCUCACCAAACUUCAAACUGAGGCCUAGAAAAUAAAUAAAAAUCACUGUCAGGGUUAAAGAAACGCUAGGUCAGGACUCGAGCAGCAGGCAGUCCUCGUCCUCACUGGCCGGCAGCAUCAGCUGCUGCUCGUAGUACAGACUCUUGGCGUAGUUGAUUUCCUGCGAGAUCUUCACAGCGAGACUCUCGCUCUUCACGUGGACCUGCAGACGGGUUCACGAUUAAGACACAGGACAACAUGAGCUUAAUCAUUACCCUGAACUGGUAUUUUAUAUAUGAAAUGAGUCCUUGGCCUAAAAAACCAUAUGGUUCUAAUUCUGGCUAAAAACACUGAUUGCUUAUUUGCUAUUUUAAGCUAAGCUUACAAAAUGUAAUGGAGCAAGAAGCUACAACAGCAUCUGGUUCCAGCCACAGACCAACAGAAGAACCUAAUGUUUCCUUGUCCACUGUGAAUCUGUUUACACUGGAUGUCAUGAGACAAACAGACUGAUCUGCUGGCAGUUUGGUGGUUAGUUCAAUAAAAAUUGAAUUUCUCAAA